UCCAGUCCUUUGAGGAGGAGGAAGAAGGGAACAUUAGGGGAGCUGUUGUGGCGAGACACACGGGCCCAUAAAAAAGCACCUAACCAAAACGGCUGAGUGCGGUUCUGUCGACGGAUUUAUUUUUGAGAUAUGAGUCAGCGUAACACAAUAUUGAAGCUUGCCAGCUAGUGGUGCGAUCUGGAGGGAGCGGAAAGGACAGGACAGAAUAUGGAGUUGUCAGAUGGCUUGUUGCUGCAGGUCAACAACGGAGAGCAGUGGUGUAACCGUUGGAAACACCCCAAUGACGACUCGGACCGCAGCACCAGCCCGUCAGUCCUGCGCUGUGUCACCAGCACGUGGAAGGAGGGACUGCUGAACAGAAAGAGGCCCUUUGUGGGUCGUUGCUGUCACUCCUGUACACCACAGAGCUGGGAGAAGCUGUUCAACCCCAGUAUUCCAUCUCUGGGUCUGCGCAAUGUCAUCUACAUCAAUGAGACUCACACUAGGCAGCGGGGUUGGUUGGCGCGGAGGCUGAGCUAUGUCCUUUUUGUCAUGGAGAGGGAUGUCCACAAGGACAUGUUCACCAGGAACGUGGUGGACAAUGUGCUCAACAGCAGCGGAGUGGAGAGGGCUAUUGAGAAGGUAGCCACAGAUAUGGAUGAUGCAGCAGGCCAGCCUGGUCAGCAGAACAAAGCUAUCAGUAAAGUAAAGCAGAAAGCCAGGGCCUUCCUCCAGGAGAUGGUGGCCAACAUUUCACCAGCCUUCAUCAGGCUGACAGGCUGGGUGCUCCUGAGGCUCUUUAAUGGUUUCUUCUGGAGCAUCCAGAUCCACAAGGGGCAGCUGGAAAUGGUCAAGAAAGCCGCUACAGAGCAAAAUGUGCCCAUGGUUUUCCUCCCUGUUCACAAAUCCCACAUCGACUACCUGCUCAUCACUUUGAUCCUGUUCUGUCACAACAUCAAAGCCCCACACAUCGCUGCUGGAAACAACCUAAGCAUCCCCAUUCUCAGCACCCUGAUCCGUAAACUGGGAGGAUUCUUCAUACGGCGAAGAAUGGAGGAGAAUGGAGAUGGAAAGAAAGACAUUUUGUACAGAUCCCUCUUGCACACAUAUACAGAGGAGUUGCUACGUCAGCAGCAGUUUAUGGAAGUCUACCUGGAGGGUACACGCUCCCGCAGUGGUAAGCCGUCUACAGCGCGUGCAGGCAUGCUGUCCAUCGUGGUGGACACGGUGUGCACUGGUUCCAUCCCAGACGUACUGGUGGUUCCAGUUGGCAUCUCGUAUGACCGUAUUAUUGAGGGCAACUACAAUAGUGAGCAGCUGGGCAAGCCCAAGAAGAAUGAGAGUUUGUGGGGAAUAGCAUGUGGAGUCUUCAGGAUGCUGAGGAAGAACUACGGUUGCGUCCGAGUUGACUUCAACCAGCCCUUUUCCCUAAAGGAGUACUUGGACUCCCAGAGAAGCCGCCACAUUCCACCACCAGUAUCCCUGGAACACAACUUGAUGCCCACAAUUAUUUCUGCACAGCCAGACGCUCAGCUGUUCAAUGGGCAGGAGGAGGAGCAGCUGAACAGGGAGCUGCAUGAUGACAUCUACAGGAGACAACUUAUUAACAACCUGGCCAAGCACGUCCUCUUCACGGCUAAUAAGUCAUCAGCGAUCAUGUCUACCCACAUUAUUGCCUGCCUGCUGCUGUACAGACACAGACAGGGUGUGGUGCUGUCCAAGCUGGUGGAAGACUUCUUCAACAUGAAGGAGGAGAUCCUGUCACGGGACUUUGACCUGGGCUUUUCGGGGAACUCAGAGGAUGUAGUAAUGCGUGCCCUCCACCUGCUGGGAAACUGCGUCAAUGUGACCAGCAGUGCAAAUCGCAACGGAGAGUUCACCAUUGCACCCAGCCAAACUGUGCCAGCGCUUUUCGAGCUCAACUUCUACAGCAACGGCCUUUUCCACGUCUUCAUCUCUGAUGCAAUCAUUGCCUGCAGCAUCCUGUCACUGCAGCGAGAGCUGGUGGUAGAAUCAGAGUCUAAUCAGCAGCCUGGUGGUCCCGAUAGCUUCCCUCUCAGUCAGGAGAGACUCAUCCGCAAAGCUGCCGGGCUCUCCCACUUCCUUAUUAACGAGGUGGCCGUUGCACCACCCUGUCAGACUAUUUACCAGGUGUUCCAUGAUGCAGUGACGCGGCUGAUCCAGUAUGGAGUUCUCUAUGUAGCAGAGGAGGACCAGGAGGAACUGAGCCCCAGCCCCACAGAGGAACCCUGGCCUAAAAAGUUCCCAGAGCCCCUCUCCUGGAGGAGCGACGAGGAGGAUGAAGAUAGUGACUUUGGAGAGGAGCAGAGAGAUCGCUACUUAAAGGUGAGCCUUUCUGCAGAGCACCAGGAGUUCUUCAUCUUCCUUCAACGACUGCUCAGCCCGGUGCUGGAGGCCUACGGCGGGGCUGCGAUCUUCGUCCACAGUCUGAGUCAGCCCAUGGCGGAGUCUGACUACACUCAGAGGCUCUUCAGAUACCUGCUCACCCGUACGGAGAGGGGAGUGGCUGCUUAUGGUGAAAGUGCUACUCAUUACCUGGUAAAGAACACAGUGCGGACGUUCAAAGAGCUGGGGGUGCUGAAGGAGAGAAGAGAGAACCGGGUGACAACUCUGGAGCUGAGCAGCACCUUUCUACCUCAGGCCAAUCGGAACAAACUCCUGCAGUAUAUUUUAGGAUUCACCCUUCUGUGACCUCGUCACCUUCAGCCCAGCUCAGACCCCCAGGCACCUUCCAACAAAGGGCUUCUACUGGUUACUUCUAAACAAUCCCAGGUGCUACUCUGUGGAAAGCUUUACCAGGAAGUGCCUUCACGUGACCACCGCUAACUUUUAGCUGUUAGCCAGAAGAGACUUGAAGCCAGUCUUCCCUUUUGGUUCCAGUCUGACUGUCUGACGUAGAACUGUGCAGCUGAUUUUAAAAAAACAAAACACACAUGCGGUUCAUUGAAGAGGUACCUCCAGGUAUAAUGCUCUCUUUGUGAACUCUGCCAGUGAAGUUAUGAGGUUUUAAUAUGAUCAGAAUUUUAGAAAUAUACUCAGCAGGUUAGAAUCACAGCAAUUCAAACAAAGCAAGCUGCCUCUCGUCUAUACAAGUGAACAAGCAAAAUAUGCAUAGAAAAUGGUUAAACAUAACCAACAACAAAGGCAUUUUUAUAUUAACUCUUACUGCUCGUUUGUGAAACUGCUGUAUUCUCUCCAGUGCACCCAACAAUCCUACUGUAGAAAACUAGUCAGACAUUUAAUGAAAGAAAGAAAUUCCUGUACAUAGACCAUAAGAACAAUCUCCCUUAUAGUUCAUCAGUUUAUUUCUCGUGCAUAAUCUAAAAUGUGUGCACUCAGGUGUCAUCAAAUUUAACAUUAUAGCAACAUUAGAAAGAUUUGUUGACUCCUGAGGGAUACAGCGUCCCUGCAUACAUAUCCAAAGUUUAAUUUACAAAAAUAUCUGUCUGAAUCUAAUCUUACAUAGAAACAAUUAAGGUCAGUAAUGCUGCACAGUUACUGUUACUCAGAUAUCAAAAAAAUAAGCAGCAAACCAGUUCAACCUUGCAAAAAUCUCUGCUUAGCAAACACAAGAUGUAUUCAUUGAAAGUCAGGCAUAGUUUAAAACAUGACCAUCCACAGUUAAGUGCUUUCAAACCACUAUUAUCUUAAGUGCAUUCAGUUACACUUUUGUCAUGGGUUUUGAUGAAGAGUGAGUUUGAUCUCUGUAUGUGUAACACUUGUAAUCACCUUUCAAUGAAUGUUACAUAGCACAGCACUUAAAAUACCUAAAACCAGCCAUCAGCUUCAUUUCAAACGAGACAAGCUCAGAAACUCUUUACUUUCAGGGAAAGCAGAGAUUUCAGAUGACCACCUUUUCUUUCCCUGUAUUACGUACACUCUGUAUAAAAGCCUUUAAAUAGCACCACUGCUGAGAGAGCAUUUUUUGCUCUAAUUGUUGGGCAUUUGUUAGACAGUGGAAUUGCGUAGUGUGGAAAAAUAAAUGGUACAUAUCCACUGUGUAAUCCGUUAAACAAAAGGUCACAUCUCUGAAAGUUUGUGUAAAGAAAAUACAGCAUGUACGCUGUUAAGAAACUUGACGUCUUGGAGAAAGUACGGAGGAUGCCUUUCUCUUUUUUGAAUUGUUUACUUUUGAAUACAGAUUCUUGCAACAAAUAAUAGUCAGGUUUACAUAUUCUUGUUUUUUCUUGGUUAACUGAUAUGUUUCACUUCCGUUUUUUCAGUACCACUGUCUUACUUUACAAAAAAAAACAAAAUCAGUUUAAAAACAUACUUUUACUAACACUUCCUGAUAGUUCAACUUUUGUGUCCCAAAAUACAAACUGGGUUGGAAUAAAUAUGGGAGAUCAUAACAAUCACAAAAUCUGAGAGAAUAAAACCUGAUAGUGAAACCUCAGUGCACAGUACCUGUACAUGUAGGUCCAGAAUAAUUUCCAGUUUUCAUUUUUAUCCUAAAACAACUUGGGACUCAAUAUUUAUCCGUCUAAUUCUAAAUCUAAACAUUUUUUUGAAUUGUACGUGAACAUAAAUGUGUAACAGCUGACCUUAUGUUGGUUUGUGAGUGUGCGCGAUGCUGAAAUGAUGCGCACACAGCUGACUGGAAAAAGGAGGCGAGUGCUUGGAAAGGUCAGAGGAAGUUUGAUUAAUGGCUGUCAUGAUGGGGAGGAAAUGCGAACCCAAAUCUCAGAUCUAUAAUGUGAAGACGGUAUGAAUGUUAGAAACAUACAUUCUUAAGCUGUCAGGGUAAUUUUUUGAUUAAAAAUGAUCUAAAUGAGAAUUGGAUGUCGUGACAACGGUCUACAACACACUGCUUGUUACAAUUAAUUUAACAUACAACUUUAUUGAAUAAUAUAAAUCUGCAUAUUUUCGUGCACUUUUUUUUUCCAAAUCUAUGUAAGAAAAAAAUGACCCAGAAAUGUUGAUGAUUGCUUGUUGUGGAUUGAUGUAUGACACCCGAAGCAUGUGGAAGAACAGAAAAGUAUGUUAUUAAAAUGGAAAUGUGAGCAGAGCGCGCAAAAUAAGAAGACAUCCACGCAGCACAUUUGUCCAUGCUGAAACGCAUUUCUGAGCCCACAGCCUGUAAAAAGGUUCCUGUACAGAGGGACCUCUCCGCCAAUAUAAAAACCACUCUACGUACUGUAUUGCAUGUUUCCUCUCAUCGCCUUUAAUCAUCGACACUUCAAUGUGAACUCUAAUUAACCUGAGAAUUGUAUUUUACAGUCUAGUGUGUGAAUUAUGUCGAAGAGAAAGGUAGCUUGUUUGUGUAGGAGAUUAAAUUUGUUACCUCUUGAAUGUAUCUCAUCUGUCCCCCUAAAAGGUCAAUGUGAUAAUGUAGAAUACUCAGUGGUACAGAUAUGAACUCCUCAUGGCGGUUGUUGAGACUCUUUGGCUCUUUAAGCUGCAUUAACAACAUCUCGCCACAGCUAUAUAACUUUGUAGGAUUAAAAAAAAAACAAAAAAAACGCCUGUACCUGGGGAGCAGGUGCCUUUUUAAUGCACUGUAGUGUUCUUUGGUUGUGUUUUUUGUUCUGUUUUUGUGCAUGUUAACAAAGAUUAUUCCGUGUGGGAAUCCAAAACAACACAAGUAGAUUGUGACUUUUAAAAAAAAACAAAAAAAACCCACACAUACAUAAGAGCAGAGAACUUGUGGUUACCAUAAGAAGAAUCACCAGCUACUAAAAAGAAAAGUGUCACUUUUUUGUUGUUGUUGCUUUCUGAGGGCAAAGCACAAUUGGCAUUAUUAGAUUUUGUUUUUAAAUAAAUUAAUCAUAGAUUAACAACA